AUAAAGGACAAAGAAAAAUAUUUGUUUUACUGGAAAGAAAAACUGUCAGAUAACAUUUUUAGGUAAUUUCCAGAUAGGUCUAUUCUGAAAUGCAUGAAGAGCUUACGUAUAACUUCUGGGCAGGCUAGAUAUCACAGCUAUAUUAAGCUCCUCAACAUGAUGCUUCAUCAGGUCUUGAAUAUCCAACUGUAGAUUUGCUGAAGACUCUGAAAAGCAAGAGUUGUCAGAAUGGCAGACUGUCAGCAACAUCCUUUUCUCAGCCCAAGCAUUCCAUUCAUUGGUCCACUACUGGGAGGCCUGCAGGAAGGGAAGACCCUUAUCAUUAUUGGACGGGUUUUGCCUAAUGCUGACAAAUUUACUGUGGAUCUCCAGCAUGCUACUGAGUGCGGGACUGAUAUCGCUCUGCACUUUAAACCACAUUUUGAUGAUGGACCUGCACAUAUUGUGUUCAACACCUUUGAGAAAGGUAGCUGGGGGCCAGAAGAAAAGUCUGCCUGUCCUUUUGUCAAAGGCCAACCGUUCACCCUUGAAAUCCAUGUUACCAAGGAAGCAUACAAGGCAAGUGUGAACGGGAAACACUUAGCAGACUAUAAACACCGUAUUCCAUUCACUCUUGUGGACACCAUCUUAGUGCACCAAAUGGUGGAGCUGGAUUUUAUUGCUUACCAGAAACCUGUGACUGUCCCAUACAAAACCCUGAUCAGUGAUGGACUGCAGUCUGGCAAAGACAUUGUUAUUCAUGGAGUUCCUAAAGCUGACUCAAAAAGGAUAGAGUUUAAUCUGCGCCACAGAUUUGGGAUUGCGUUUCACUACCAAUGCCGUUUUGAGGAGAAUGCUGUUGUCCGAAAUACCUUUGAGAAUGGGAGUUGGGGGCCAGAAGAAAGAGAUGGAGCUGUGCCUUUUAUCCCUGGCCAGUUCUUUCAGGUCAAAAUCUCCUGCAACAGAGAUCAUUAUGAUGUGUUUGUGAAUGGCGAGCAAAUACACACUUACAAGCACCGCUUCACUAAACUGGAGGACAUCGACGUCUUUGAAGUUUAUGGGCAGCUAGAGCUGUUUUAUGUGCACUUGUAACUGAUUCAGGUUGAUAGGAAGUGCAUAUUUAAAACUUCCACGAAGUUCAUUUCAUACGAUUCAGGAAAAAUUUGGUAGUCAAUACCUGUUGAUAAUACAAUAUACAUUCCUCCAUAUAUCUACUCUUUUACACUUCUCUGGAUAUAUCUAUCUGCAUUUAAAUCAAGGUAGAAGUAGAAUUAGUGUGGAAUAAUGUGUACGUUUUCAUUUGUAGUUUAACCUGAGUGUGUGAUUGAUCUCAGUUUUAGUAGUAUUCAUUUAAGAAUUGAACGCAAUGGAUCGAAAAUGCUUUUCUCCCCCAGACCAGAUGUUCUGUGUGAUUUUAUUAUUCUACAUUUAUGAUUGUUUCUUUUGAAUCAGGUAAUUAAGGGAAAGGUCUUUAGUGCCUGAUUCUGUAGACAUAAUGAGCUCUGCAUCAGGACAAUCACAUAAAUAAAAAUUAUGAAAUUUGAUGAAAUUUAAAUCAUAUUAUAUUGAGACUGAAAAUCAUAUUGUUUAUUGUUCUCUAUAUACUUCUAUGCAAUUAAAUUAAAACAAAAAAUAUAUAUAUGUAGUGGUGUGAC